ACGUUAGAUUUUUAUUUGAAUUAUUGAGUUUUCAUAUUCAGAAUUUCUGUUUCUCUUUCAGAAUGCAUCUUUACUGAAUUGCUCUUUCAUAUCCUACAAUAUUGCACUUAAUUUAUUCAGGUCUUUAUUUUCUAUCUUUGAAUUGAUUGAUCAUGGCAUUCUAUCCACUUUGGUAUCUUUGAAUUCAGUUACUAAAGAGCUACGAAGUUUUGGAGAAGCCAUGUUGCCUUGUUGAUUCUUUUCUUGCUUUUCUGUAUGGAGAUUAUGAGAUCUUCCACUGUCGCGUGAGUCUCUUAGUGAGCAGCUUUCUCUUGACCUUAUGCCCAGGGAUACUUGUUUACUGUGUAGUAUUGUGUUUAAUUCCAGAUGGACUUCACAGUACAGUUUUCCCAUGGCUUUUAGGUUAUGACUGGUGGAUUUGACUGUGCAUACUCUGUUGGAACCUGAUUCAUAUAAAUGAAGGUCCCCCAGUAGAUCAACUAGGUAUACUGUAGAUAGCAGAGUGUAUGAGGUGCGCUUUCUAUGUUUCUUCUCCAGUUCUUGUUAGUGCUGUGCAGUCUGAAAAAGUUUGGGAGCCACCUAUGAUAGGGCUUCUACUUGGUAGGAUCAUUAUAUUUAUAUUAUUUUUUCCUAUUAUUGGAAAGGGGGUGUAUUUUUAUUAGGUAUCUUCAGAUUUCUUGUAUCUAUGCUUACUUCAGGCCCAGGAAUCACCUGAGAACUUUUAUCUCCUUUUUUUUAUUUUUAAUUUUUAUUUUUUUAAGAAUCUGACAAAGUUUUAGUAGGCCUAGAUCAUGGAUAGAAUAAAGUGAAGCUUCUCUCCACGGUACCGCAUCAAGGCCCAGGGGCAAAAUACCCACUCUGCUUGUUCAAAUGCAUGCUCAGUUGCCAGCACUUCUUCAAAAGUCCUUCCAAGAGCAUCUGGAGCUUUAUUACCUCCCCAUCGCUGAUUGAGAAGCUGGCAGCUGGCACAAGCACUGGCAAGCUCACUGAGACUCUGCAGAAGCCAUGCCCAGUGAAGAGCCUGCACUGGUGGUGGAGGAGAGCAGCGAGCUGGACAAGUCUGAGGCCCAGGGCGACUUGUGCCCUGGCCGCCUAGGGGCGCCCUACGCCGAGGCCUGGGGGUACUUCCACCUCGCACCUGUGCGUCCCGGACACCCAGCGGGCCGCUGGGCCACCUGCCGGCUAUGUGGACAGCAGGUGGGUCGUGGCCCGGGGUUGCAGGCGGGAACUUCACAGCUGUGGCGACACCUGAAGAGCUCGCACCGGCGGGAGCUGGAGGGCGCCGGCGCUCGCCGCCAGGCAGUAGGUGGUGGUGCGCCCAGCCCCACCUCGGCCCCAGAGCGUGAGUGGGCGCGGCUGCUGGAGCAAGUGGGCGCUCUGGCCGAGCAGGGCCAGCGGCGCGAGCGUGAGCUGGCACGGAGGGAGGCGGCCGUGGCUCGGGGUGAGCGUGCUCUGGAGCGCGGGCGGAGGGCGCUGCAGGCCCUGGAGCGCCGACUACAGGCGGAGCGUGAGGCGCUGCAGGCAAGGCUGCUUGAGCUGGGCUGGCCCACCGCCCUGCCGCAGGCCACUGUCCCGAAAGAGGACCCUGAGGCCGGGCUUGGGGACAGCUCUUAAGGCUGCCGAGGUCCUGCUGUAGGGGUUCCGAUGUUUCCUUCGUGGACUGCAAAAUACCCAGUGCCAGGCCUCCCGCACAAAGCUCAUGCCUGUGCAAGACCUGCCUAGCAGCUGCUUUUGACUUCCUAUGCCUAGCGCAGGCACAUGUGCAAGGAACAGUCGCUCAGAAGAGGACUGGAGAGCCCCAGCAGCCUGGUGCCAGACCAUUUGAGGCUCGUGAUUAAGACCAGAGCUGCUACACAUGCCAAAGAUUCUUCACACCAUGUGCCUAUGCGCUGUACCAACGCAGGGAAGCAUGGGAACGUGGAUCAUAAGUUUUACUCUGCUCAUGAUGGACAGUCUUUGCCCAGUGCCGAGUCCUGCAGAAGGGACUUUAGUUUCCAUGGCAGCGCUCUACCCUCACCCGUCUAGAGCCUUAUGGGGCAGGCUUCAAGCGCCGCCCCCAGAACCAGGGCACCAUAUAAUGUCAUUCAUUUGCCCCUUUCUGGCCUUGUACAUUUGCCACCUGACCAGCAAGACAUGACCUCAUCCCUUGUCAUUACAGCGCUUCCUUCCCCAACCUCCUGGCCCAAAGGUUUCUGUCCAAGGCCAGUUUAUGCUUCUGCGUUUGCCUUGCCCCACUCCACCUCCCAAAGCAUGCCAGGACCAGCAUGCCUGCUACCUGCAUGCCCUCCUCUCUGUACUCCUCCUCUGCAGGUCCGAUAUCCAGGGGUGACUCCAGGCUUCUCAGGUCCACCUUUGUCCCAAUUAAUGUCUCCUUCUUUGGGAUCCUGCCUUUGGUAGACGGAACAGUUUCCCACCAAAGAACUCCUUUUCUGGUGUAAACAGGUUCCCUCAGUUUUCUUCAGGCUUCUUUGGUUCUCAAAUUUUGUUUUGUUUUUGGUACCAGGGAUCGAACUCAUGACCUCACAGUUGCCAGGCAGGCACUUAAUGCCUCUUAGCUAAAUCUCUGGCCCUCAAUUAUUUUAUGUUGGCGACUCCCAAGCACCCAGCAAGAACUGAAAGACUAAUACAGUGAAUGUCCAUAUGCGCCGCCCCCCACCUCCAAGCUGAACAGAGUUCACAUUUUGCCUUAUUUACAUUAUCUCCACCCUGUGCCUGGGUGAGGACUUUCCUUCCCUAAGUAUUUCAGUGUAUUCUUAGACUUUGUCUCCAUGGUUACAGUGUGAUUACCAUAGGUAAGAAUAUAAACAACACACAAUCAGAGUUCCUGGAUUGUUUCAACAAUGACCUCUCUUCAGGUACAAUGACUGUUGAUACACACAUUACUGUUGGUUAAAAUUUUUAAAUUUUUAAAUUUUUUUUAUUUCUCUAGGCCACUUUCCACAGUCCCCUCCCAGCUCAUCUCUCUGUUGAGCUACAAUAAUCUGCAUAGUGACUGCUCCCCUAGCCUCCAAUGCUCCUCUGGGAUCUGGCCCUCAGCUCCAUGUGGUGCCCCUUCUUUGCUGUCCUACCAAGGUCAAGGGAAGGGGCACACCCACUCUGCUAGGCAUCCUCCCCCUCACUAAUAGCCAGUAUUCUCUAAGCAUUGCAAAGUUCAUCAGGUACAAGCCCCACAUGUCACGUGCAUCCCCUUGCUUUGUUUCCUGGGUGGCUCCCUGAGGAACUAUUGACAGAUGCCUGUUUUACAGCUGAGCAUAGCAGUGGGAGGGAUAAGCAGCUGAACAGAUGACAGCUGCUAAGCAGUAGAGAGGGGAUCCCAAUCCAGUGCGCCCACCUCUGAUGCCAGGCUCCCAGUUACUCAGCUGCCAGCUGAGAGCUGUGCAUCCUUGUCCAUCACCCAAGUGGGCACGUGUUUCCCUCCUAGCUGCAUUUCCAUUUCAGUAGAAUUAUCUGGAACUAGGGACAUUAUCAACUUUUACUGAGCAUUCAUGUGUCACAACCAUGCUAAAUGAGGUAACUUCCCAUGACAUGCUGACUUGGAAGGUGGAGGAGACUCAACAGCCUCUAAGAACUACUAAGAAAAUAUUUUAUGAACAAAUAAAAUAUCAUAAUAUGAGAAUAACGUUAUUACAGCAUGUAUUAUUGUCUUUGCUUGUGCAGAGUACAAGGCAUAAAGCACAAAGAUUCUUACAAAGAGGCAAACUGCUAACACAAAUCUGAUUUCCAGUUUCACUGAACUCUAGAUACUCCACUAAGCCCCUUUCCACAAAAUCCUGAACCUGCCUGCCUUCUGGUGCCAUGACACAGGGACCACUUAACAUCUGUCUAGGUCAAGCUGCCAUGUUUGACUUCUGCACUGCCUCUGCCUAACAACUUAGUGCCAAAGAACUGUCCUAAGUUAGUGCUCUUAAAUCACUUUCUGCUUGGAAGCCUUCAAGGUCUUUCAUCACUUACAAAGCUUUGGCUCUGUGGCCUUACAUUUAAGUCUCUCACUGCUGCAUGCCAGAGCUGUGUGUCCCUUUCCCAUGUGUACUGGACACUCCAGCCAAACUGGACGCUUCUUGCUGACUCCCUGGCCUUGGCAACUGUAUGCCUCAGUUUGUGCCUCCUCCCCUCCCCGCCACUGCCAAAGCCCUUCAGUCUCUUGAGUGUGAAAAAUCCCACUCAGGCUUGGGUGUUGCUUAAUGGUAGAGAACUUGCCUAGCCAUGUUUGAGGUCCUUGGUUUGAUCCCCAACAUCAUCUAAAAAUAAAACCAAAUAGCAGCCAUCUUCUAAGACCCCAUGAUGCCUUCCUAGACUGCUCCUCACUCAAAUUUCUUUCUUUUGUAUCCCCCACAACUCUUGGAAUAGUGUGUCUAGCAGAUGGUUGUGGGUUCUACUUUACUCAGUCCUGUCAGGGCCUGAGUGCUUAGGAGUAGCUUACUUAGCUUCCCACCCUCACAGUGCCUUGCAACUCAAGCUGCUCAAUCAAUACUUGAGGUAUCAACUCCACUAUGUUUAAGACUUACAAGUUGGUUUUCCUGUAAUUAGUGUACUUUGUGUUCCUAGUAGAAAAAAGUAGCAAUACUCUGUUAAAGUUCUUUGACCAAUAAAAAUAUUCUAUGCAUUUAUUAGGGUGGUUUGAAUCUAGUCAACUCUUGUAGCAUAGGAUUUGUCAGAAUAUUUGCAUAAAUCUUUUUUUUAUUAUACAAGCCAUACAAAUGUAAUGCUACAUCUAGGUUUCCAUCAAGAAUGACCCCCAAACUCUGAUGCAGUCAGCUGCUGAGUGUUGUUAGGAGGUGGACAUGGUUGGAGGAGGCGGUCCCUGGGGCUCUGGCCUUGGUGCACCUCUUCUUCCCUUUCCUGCCCCUCGGACCUCUUGCUGCUGCUUGUCCUCCCUGAUGUGAGCAAACUUCCUUCACCCAGACCCUUCUACCACACAGGUCCUGUGUUUGAGCUUCCAACCAUGGACAGACAGAGACUGUGGGCCAAAAUAAACUCCUCCUUUAAA